UAUAUAUUCAAAGCUUGCCAAUGAAGUCUUGUGGAAUAAAUGAGGGUAUUUGUUUUCCAUAAAUCUGCAUUCAACAUUGCUGUUUCUUUGUCUGAAAGAAUGAAAUUUGAUAGGGUUUCAGAUGUUGGGCAAGAGCAUUGAGCACAACUUGUACUACUAUUUCUACUUGCUCUUCUUGUUGAGGUGUUGUGAAUCUUGUGGUUCAGUUUCUUUCUUUUGUAAAUGAAUGCGCAGAAGAUUGAUUGCCAAGAAAGAAUUAUUCAACAGAGCCAUGGACUAAUCAGUGAUUUCAAUUUUGAACUUGGUAGCCAGUCUUCUCAAAUUUUUGAUCUCCAACAACAGGCUUGGAACAUGGGAAUUUGGGUUCAGCAGCCAACCGAGGAUCAGCCAAACAUGUCACAGCUUCAAAGUCAUGGGCUUCCUAGGUCACCCUCCAGCAUUAUGAGCCGCUUCGAAUCGCCGGCUUCUGCUUUUUAUGCCACCGAGCGCUGUAUGGGAUUUUCACAGUAUCACUCUCAGGUUGGUAAUUUACAGUUCCCUUCAGGCCAAACUUACAAUGAAAGCUACAGCUCCAUGGAUUCAUCAGAGCAAGCUGAUCCAAAUUUAGACAUCAGAAACACCCUGCAGUCAAUUGUGAAAUCUCAACCCAGCAGCUAUCAUCAAUACCAGAAAUCCUCAGAGAAGCCUAAUCAAAUCCCUUUGCCAAGCAAUAACCUCUUUGAACAUCAACAAAAUAAGUUGCAGGGAGAGAGUACUGCCUCAGUUAGGAGACCCUCCUUGUCACUUCCUCCUAAAGAAAAUCAGGAUCAAGCAGGUGGUUGUAAUUCAUUCAGCACUUCUCCGGUUACACAGCUGAGCUUCUUUCCUCAGCAAGGAAAGCAAUCUCCAAGAAUUUCCUCUGGAAAUGUUUCCACUACCUAUGGUGAUUCUCCUUCAACUAGCCCCGUGCUCUCGAGUAAAACACGAAUUCGAUGGAAUCAAGAUCUUCACGAGAAGUUCGUUGAAUGUGUAAAUCGCCUUGGGGGCGCUGACAAAGCAACACCUAAGGCAAUACUGAAGAUGAUGUGCUUGGAUGGAUUAACCAUCUUUCAUGUUAAAAGUCAUCUGCAGAAAUAUCGAAUCGCAAAAUAUCUGCCAGACACUGCUGAAGGAAAAUCUGAGAAAAGAACAACUUUGAAUGUCGAACCCCAGCUUGAUAUGAAAACCCUCUUACAACCCAAUAAUGUCAACUUUUCUGGCAGUGGCUUGCAAAUCAAAGAGGCGCUGCAACUGCAACUAGAUGUCCAGAGGCGUCUUCAUGAACAGUUAGAGAUUCAGCGAAAUUUACAGCUGCGAAUUGAAGAACAAGGGAAGCAGCUCAAGAAGAUGUUUGAUCUGCAACAAAAAACAAGUAAUGACCUGUUUAAGACUCAGAACUUGGACAUCACAUGCCAUGAAGAUGCCCCGUCAGAUAGUCUAAAUGCCAUUCAGGUCUCAAGCCCUGAAGAUUCUGGGAAUAGCAAUUUCCCAUCCAAGAUAAGUUAGUCCAAAAUAGUAAAAUUUUCAGGCAUUCUCAGACAUAAGUGCUCAUUUGGUUAAAAAGUCCCAAACCAACAAAGCCUUGUCCCUUAACAGAAUCAAGAACACCUCAAAUGCUACUAUACUGGGUAAGAAAGCAAAGGAGAACAAGAAGAUGAGAUCAAUUAUAAAAGGAUAUGAUCCUAUAGAAUGACUCUUGUUAUUUUCAUAAAGCUUAUUGUGUGGCAGUAUUGUAACAACGGCUUAUUGUUUCCCUCAAGUUCUCAUGCUUUCCAUGUAAUCAUACUUAAAUUUUGUAAUGUGAAAUUUUUUUGCUGGUGUGGAAUUCAAUUUGUCAUACUUCUAGCCUUUAAGGGCUCGUUUGGUA